AUGGAGACUGAGGAGUCAGAACCUGGAGAGAGUAGCACUAAGGAAGAUUUGACAUUUCUGGAGCUAUCUGGAUUUCAGCUUCCGUCAUCUAUUGUGAGUACGGGAUCUAUCCUCACCCUCUGUUUCACCACAGAUUUUGCUGUCAGUGCUCAAGGCUUCAAAGCUAUCUAUGAAGUGUUACCUAGUCAUACGUGUGGCAACCCAGGAGAAAUACCUAAAGGAGUACUUCAUGGAACAAGAUUCAACAUUGGUGAUAAAAUCCGAUAUAGCUGUAUCUCUGGUUACAUCCUAGAAGGCCAUGCCAUGUUGACAUGUAUUGUGAGUCCUGGAAAUGGUGCAUCAUGGGAUUUUCCAGUUCCUUUUUGCAGAGCUGAAGGAGCUUGUGGAGGAACACUACGUGGAACAAGUGGAACCAUUUCAAGUCCGCACUUCCCUUCUGAGUAUGAAAAUAAUGCUGAUUGUACCUGGACCAUAUUGGCUGAACCAGGAGACACCAUUGCUUUGGUCUUUACUGACUUCCAGUUAGAGGAAGGAUAUGACUUCUUAGAGAUCAGUGGAACAGAAGCACCAUCAAUAUG